CAUAUACCUUCACGCGCUCCUCGAAACAAAAACAAGCUGAGAGCGCGCGGUCACAUGUAGCGCGUGCGGCAGCGACACCAAAGGAACCUGAAGGAUCAGGAAGCAGGCUCCAACCUCCUGGUAUCUGGUUCUGGUUCUCGACCGUCUCACACAUGGUUCUCCUCCGGCACAUCUCCAUAGCCCUGACCGCCGCCGUGGCUGCCCUGGGCUCCGCGCUCUUCAUCGCCCUUAACUAUUUCUACAAGAGGCGAGUGUGGUCCCCACAGGCGGCGUACUGCACCAUCACAGAGGAGGAGGAGGAGCGCGAGAAGCGGCAGGUUCUGGUUUUGGGCCUGGAUGGCGCUGGGAAGAGCAGCAUGCUGCAGGGUUUGACCCCGGGGGAGUCGCCAGCCAAAAGGGGCCGAUGCCGGCCCACCCGUGGCUUCAACUUUAUGAGCCUGGAUGCUCCCGGCUGUCAGCUCGACUUUCUGGAGAUUGGUGGUGGGGAGGAUCUGCGGCGGUACUGGUCGGACUACCUGAGACGGACUCACAUUCUGGUGUAUGUGGUGGACUCGUCCGACAGGAGCCGCCUCCCAUUGGCUAAGGCUGAACUUCACCACCUCCUUAAGGUGGAGCCACCGCUACCUGUCGUUGUCUUGGGGAACAAGCAGGAUAAGCUGAAUUCCUUGAGUGUGGCAGAACUCCAUGAAGCCUUGUCUCUGGAUGUCGUGACCGAUGAUAGGAAGCUGUUCCUCCUCGCUGCCCAGCUGGACUCCGAGGGAGCCAAGAAGUCCUGCCAGGGUUUGGACACCGUCCAGGACCUCAUUCUACAGCUCGUCUGAUCUCACAUCCCUCUGCAGAGCACAACUGGAGGACAUAGAUGAACGGAUCCAAAAAUAGAUCUAUGGUUCUCCUCUUUCUUAUUUUUGUCGGUGCUCUGGGCUUGUUUCAGACAGCCGAGGUGGUGAUGAAUGCAGGAAUGCUCAAAAUACACCAAAAUCUACUGCCAUGGAGCCAUCAUAAUAACAGGAGAAGAGGAGGAACAAAAUGUGGAACAGCAGGAUGAAGCUUUGAUACAAUCAGGUCAAACUGUCCCAAGUUUACUUAAGCAAGUCAUUUUUAACGGAGCACAUUGUAAUCGAUUCAUUUGAAGAUGCGCACACACGUUUUCAGCUGGUUUCUUGUUUUAUUUUAUUUGAUGUUUUUAUGCUUUUAUGCACAUUGAGAUUGAAGUUAGCAGUCUCCAAGCUCAUCAGUUUGGCCUUUCUAAAUUAACAAAAUGACACAAAAUAGUUCUGUAGGAUUUCUGUAUUGAUGUUGUAUUUAUGGAGAUUAAACACAGAACUUUAUAACAUUGCUUGUUUGCCGAUUUAUACCACAGUCUUGCAUUGGCUGUAAAAACAGUUUAGUGUACUUAAGAGGAAACUGUUUAGGCCAAUACAGUCUCCACAGCAACAGAGAAAAGUAUCCUUUUCCCUGAAGCUACAAGAACAAAGUUCUUUCUUUCUGACCAGGACAUUUCAUACUUCACAAAAACUCAAGUGCAGAACUCCUGUUAAGUCGUCAUAUAGGUCUUGCAUAAAUCAAACAAGGUCAAAAUGUGUUGAUCAAUAGUUUCUGACAACCCACUUUAACACAUUUGGAACUUUUACAUGACAGACCAGGUAAAAAUACAUCAGCCACUUUGAUUUAAUAUAGAAUAUUAAAUAUACACUACAGUAUGUGGGAUGUAACUAAACAGUCAGAUUCUAGGUUUUAAAGUCAAAUAUUUGUUUUAAUAAUUUUACUGCAUUUAUAUAUGUACUAACAGACAGGUAUUUGACACCACUUAUGUUUGUACAACACAAGUAACUAAAUCCAAAUAAUAUUUAACAAUUUAGUAUAAAUUUCUUCCCACUAAACUAUAUUUAAGAAAAUAGUUUCAUAAUGAAACUAUUUUUGCAACAAAUUGUUGAGCUUUAUUCCUUUCACACCAGAUACAGUACAACUAAUUAUUGAGGUUGAAUUAUAGACUAGGUAAGGUGGUGGUGUAACUUUAAUCUGACAUCUUAAACUUAAUUUGUAGCUAGAAAGUGUGUUUUAGACACAGGUUUGCCUUUUUCCUUGCAUCUUUUCAUCCUUAAUGUUGUGCUGGUUACAUGUUUCUGUCUAAAUACAUUUGACUGUAUCUGACAAUAUAAAAUUGAACUUGAAUAAACAUGGAAAUCUUUUCUGCA